AUGUACAGCAACUACAUCACAGACAUCUGGGUAAAACCUAAGCAGUUGGCUCGCAGUGCCAGCUUCACACACCUCACAUACAUCAAGGAAGCCGUACAUGACUAUCCAAUCAAAAAAUCGGACUCGGUUUCCACUCUCGCGCCUUCUUUGGCACUUCCGCAGUACUGCAGAGAGGCCCAACGUAUUGUACACACCGCUCCCGUUUACAAGCCUCACGUGCACAACUGGUACAACAACAGCUAUUCGGACACUCACGAUAUUAUUAAUCGGCCAUAUCGUCCUUCAAUCAACUACAUGACUCCUUUAUCAUCACAUGUACCGUACUAUACGUUCCAAACGAGACGAAUCUUCUUUGAUGAGAAAAUGAAAAACAACGCGUCGUAUCUUCGGGAAUCGCAAAAGUACCUGGACCGCUAUGUUGGAGCACGGCUAAAGGCCGACGACUACGCCAACCGAUUCGCAUAUUCUGCCUACGAAUGGCGAAAGCCACAAGAUCAUGCCUUCAACCGGCACUUCAUAGAGGCCCAACGUAUUGUACACACCGCUCCCGUUUACAAGCCUCACGUGCACAACUGGUACAACAACAGCUAUUCGGUGGCACGAUGGAAGGACACUCACGAUAUUAUUAAUCGGCCAUAUCGUCCUUCAAUCAACUACAUGACUCCUUUAUCAUCACAUGUACCGUACUAUACGUUCCAAACGAGACGAAUCUUCUUUGAUGAGAAAAUGAAAAACAACGCGUCGUAUCUUCGGGAAUCGCAAAAGUACCUGGACCGCUAUGUUGGAGCACGGCUAAAGGCCGACGACUACGCCAACCGAUUCGCAUAUUCUGCCUACGAAUGGCGAAAGCCACAAGAUCAUGCCUUCAACCGGCACUUCAUGUAUGACCAAGGAGUCACCGCAUUCACACCCACAGAAAUCCUGUCUCUUUCUACGACAAGCAGGCACUCAGAAGACUCUACAAAUUGA